AUGAAGACAAUCAUUGUACUAUGUUCUAUAGCAGCUUUUGCUACGGCAAUUCCUACGCUUAUAAAAGGAACUCUCGACGAGCUCGAAUCUGAAUACAAUAAGCCUUCAGUGACUAUAAAGCGUGAAAAGAAGUCGCCCCUUCACGAUCCUCUACAUGAAGAAAUUCUCAAUAAUGAGAAAGAAAAUUCACAUAUUGACACCGGCAUCAAGUCCCAUAUUGUAGCACCCGCGUUCGAAGGAAGAAGUCUCGGUUUUAAAAAGCCAUUAAUUAUUAAGAAAAAAUUUGGAUAUCACCUGUAUCGAGAUUCAGACGAAGAAAUGACAUAUGCGGAUCCACAUGAAAAAUGUAGAAAGCAAGUCAAAGUUAAAUUAUGUGAUGAAGAGCCUAGUGUAAGUUCUAAGAAUUUCCCAAAAGGCUUGACAUCGGCACGACUGGAUGGACAUAUUUCUGAAAGAGAAGUGGAACAUAGUAUAAAAAUGGCAAAGGAAGCUGUUGAAAAUUUGCAAAGAGAUAUCCAAAAGAUAGAACAAAGUUCAGCUAAAUUGAGAGAAACCCCUAGGAAUGCUAAUUUAGCUACUGAUGCUGAAGUACAAGAAGAUAUUGAAGUUGCUAGAAAAGCUUUAGAGCACAUUACACAUAAUUUUGAAAAUUUUGAAUCAAUGGAAAUUCAUGCUCCAAGAACAAGCGAUAUGUUAAUAACAAACCCCACCGAUGAAGAAAGAUUAGCUCAAUGGAAAGAUGCAAUUGAAAAUAUUCACAGAAAUUUUGAAAUUGCCCGAAACAUUGAAGAUGCUUUCAGAUCUGAAUCUCUGGACACGUUCUCUUUAGAUAAUAGUGAUGCAACCAAAUUAACUGGGAAUCCUUUGAGCGUAAUUGAACAUCAAAUUCAAGAAAAAUCUAAUGAUGAAUUACUGGAUAAUAAAAGUGCUUUAACGAAAGAUCUGAAAACUCUUCGUAAAGAGGAGAAUGUUGAUUUUAUAUCUAACUUAGAAAAACGAAAAUCAAGUACUGCCAAUGAACAACAACUUGAAGAAAAUAAUGAUAUGUUUACUUCUACGACUAAUAAUAAAGAAUUUAAAAUGGAACUUCACAGCGACAGUCUAAAAAAGGAAAAGACUGCAACAGAUUCUACAAAUAAUAAUAUAGACAAGGAAGCUUUAACUAGGCAUGAAACACGAAUGGACGAAUCUAGUUUAGAUGGACAUUUAUCAGAAAUGAAAAAUGCAGAGUCAUUAACUCAUCAAUCUGGUGAAUCAAAAACGUUAAACAAUGAAUUGCAAAUGAUGAAAAAUGCCUUACCUGAAGUUAACCAUGAAAACAUGGAAUCACAUUCUAAUGAAGAUGUUGAACAUAAGGAAACUUUUAAACUAGCAAGAGAAGUUGAGAUGGAAAAUGUUAAUUUAAAUAAAAAGGAUAUGAAAAAAGAACAUGAAAAUUCAUUAACAUCUAGUAAUACAAUGUUAGAUCAAACACACGCAGAAACAAAAGCUUUAUCCGAUAGUGAUACCGUCAGAUUUGAAAACGACGAAGUUUUUAUGCCAAAAGAAACAUUACCCUUUGAAAAUAUAAUAAAGGAUCCUUCACAUACACAUAUUCAUGACUUACGAGAAAAGAGUACCGAAGAACACAUGAAGGAAUUUUUACUAAAUGAUAAGGAAGGUCAAGAUAUUUUUAGCAUGCGUGCCAGUCACGACAGUGCAGCCCUGUUUAAGGAAAACAAACAUCAUAAUGAAGAGCUCCAUACAACAUCUCAAGAUGAUGAUGUAAUGCGUCUGGCUAAAACUGUUACAAAUGAUUAUACUAAUGAACAAGUUAAAUCGUUCCCGACAAAAAUAGAUUCAACUAUUGAAGAAAAUAAACACAAGAGUGCCAAAAUGAGCCAAGAGGAGAACAUUGUCCAGAAGUUGACUGAAAACAAUGAUCUCCACACUUUAAGUUUUAUACAUGCGAAUGAAAAUAAUGAUGAUUUAACACAACAAUUUAAAACAGUAUCAGAACUUGAUAGAAAGAGUAUGGUUAAUGAUCAAAUGAGAAUGAUCCAAGAUCAAAAUACAGCGCAAACCUUAGCAGAAAACCAUCAACUUCAACUUAAAUCUGCUUCAGAUUUACAUAACGAUUUUCAACCAACAACUGAUUUAAAAAGUGGCCAGAAUGUUCAUUACGAACAAGCAAGUAUGCGAAUGACAGAAGAUAAACCUUUGAAAAACGAAUUAGCUGAGAAUAAUAACUUACAUGAUUCUCAUUUCAUGCGAUUCGCUCAAGUCAAAGAACAUAAUGAUCAUUUGCUACCCGCAUUUAAAGUUAGUUCAGAGUUUCAAAAUGGACAAUCUAUGCUAACAUCUAGAACUAAUUUAAUGGAAAACAGUCAGAAAAUGGAAGAAAGUAUGAUAGAAGACAAAAAUAGAGACCAUAAAUUUAAUCAAAAUCUCAAUUCACAUACCCCUCUCGUAGAUGGAUGGUCAGAAGAUAGACAACGGGUGGAUCAUUUAUCAUCUGGUUUUAAAAGUGCUACAGAUUUCCACAAAGGACAUUCUCUCAUGCCAUUAACAAUACCGACUAGACAACAUAGUGGCCAAAAUAUGCACAAAGAAGAAACAAACAUGCGAAUGAGCGAAGGAAUGAACUUAGAGCAACAGUUCCAUGAUAACCAAGGUAUGCAUGACGCCCAUUCAAUGACAUGGACACAAGACAACCAACAUAAGCAUCUACAGUCCCAACACUUCAAUAAUGUGCCUGAAUUUCACAACCAUCACUUUAGGCCACAUAUGCAUCACCAACACGGCUUUGUACAUACCAACAGAUUUGGUAAUCAAUUUGAUUUGGAUAGCAAUAAUAAUUUAUCCCCGCUUUCAUCUAGAACAAAUGACCACGGUAAGCUCUCGGAGUUAGAUAGCUCGAUGCAGCCGAGUUCCCACUUAAAUAUGAGAGACAAUGGCGUACAGUGGAAUCAUCAUCAUCAUGGUAUGUCUAGAUCCAGUUAUGGCUCGAGUUUACCUAUAGGUGGUUACAACCAGGGUGCAGUCGGUAUUUUCCCCAAUGCUAACACUGCUUGCGGCAUACCUUUGAUGUUAAGUUGUUCUCCAUCGGUUGUUUCUGGGAGCUUAGCAAAACCUCAUCCCACAGGUAUUACUGCCCCAGCGUAUAGAUCAGGCGACGACAUCAUGUUCUAUAUGAAACGAGACACUAAAAAUACAGAUGAAACACCAUUAAAGAUACAGAAAACACCAUCAAACCAUAAAACUGAAUUAACUUUAAAUAAGCAA